UUACGAUUUACGUCAUUCGCCACAAUCAUGGAUAGGAGUCUAAUAUAAUUUUUAUUUAUUAUUGUAUUAAAACCGAGCUUUUGAAAUGAAAUGGAGGAAUCGAAUGUGAAUGAAUCCCUCAAAUGCGCAGGGUGCCUUAAUGAUAUUGGUGAAGAUGAAUAUAUCUCGGCGUUGGGACAGGACUGGCACAAAGACUGCUUUAGGUGCUCGGUUUGCGAUGCGUCGUUAUCCACGUGGUACUUCGAGAAGGCGGGCCUGUUGUUCUGUCAGAAUGACUACUGGUCUCGCUACGGAGACAACUGCCAGCAAUGCGCACAGGUGAUAACGGGGCCGGUGAUGUUGGCGGGCGAGCACCGCUUCCACCCGGAGUGCUUCGCGUGCGCGGCGUGCGGCGCACACGUGGAGGACGGCGAGCCAUACGCGCUGUUAGAAAGAUCGCAUUUGUACUGUGGUGCGUGUUGCGGGGCGGCGAUGCGCGGGCCACGUGACGCGCACGCUAUCCACGUGCUGCGACUACCGCGACGUGCGCUGCGCCUCGCACCCGCAGCACCCGCAGCACCCGCCCCCGCCCCCGCCCUCGCCAUAGCACACGGGCGAUGCGCCAGCAAGCUGUCCGCGUUGGCGCGCGCGCUGCUCCGCGCCGCGGUCUCCGUCUGCAUACAGCUCACCUGCCAUAGAAUCGAUUCGAGCUGCGGUGUGUUAACUUUACACAUUGGAGACCGCGUGCUGGAGAUCAACGGGGCUCCGGUCCGCGGCUGCAACAUCCCUGACUUCGAUCCUGACGCCGUGGUCCAGUUAACGAUAGAACACAAUCCUGACACCUUAAAUAUGAUUAGAGGAUCUUCAACAAACACACAGACAGACAGACAUAUAGACUGCGAUGAUCGACCGAAACUCGAAGGGAAAUCGCCCAUUGAAAGAAAGAUACACAAAGAAGACUUAAAAAAACACAUUCCCAGUAGACAUUCCAUUGAUGACCAAAGAACGUUAAGAGACGACGAAGGAACAAAAAAAGAGAGACUGUUUAAAAGGAAGGGAGAAGAUGGUGGGAAGAGAGUGAUAAAAAGACGGCAAACGCCUUCUUCUCCACUUUUAGGAGAUAAAGAAAGGAGUAGUAGUAUGUCUAAGUUACUUGAUGUUAGUGUGGAUGUUCCGGAAGCCAGCGGGGUGCUGUGCGACCUGAGCCGCGCGCGCUCCUUCAGAGCAGAACCCGCGCAAGGACAGAAAGUGUUCCGAGCCUCAGAUUUAUUGCAAGGUGAGCUGUUGGGUUCAGGGUUCUUCGGGCAGGUGUACAAGGUGACGCACAGAGACACCAACGAGGUGAUGGUGCUGAAGCAACUCUACCGCGUUGAUGAAGACGCACAGAGGAACUUCCUUAAGGAGGUGGCGGUGCUGAGAUCUCUGCAGCACCCCAACGUGCUGCGGUUCGUGGGCGUGCUGUAUAAAGACAAGAGGCUGCAUCUCGUCACGGAAUACGUGGCCGGAGGGACUCUGCAUCAAUUGUUACAGGACAGGUCGCGCGUGCUGUGCUGGGCGGAGCGCGCGCGGCUGGCGCGGGACGUGGCGGCGGGGCUGGGCUACCUGCACCGCAUGAACGUCAUCCACAGGGACCUCAACUCACACAACUGUCUCGUCAGGGAGGACCAGACAGUGAUAGUGGCGGACUUCGGUCUGGCGCGCAUUGUGCAGCGCACCGCCAGCAGCUCGCUGCCGCGCGCGCACCACGCGCACGCCGCGCUGCGCAGGAAGCGCUACACGGUGGUGGGCAACCCUUACUGGAUGGCUCCGGAGAUGAUGAACGGAAACGUGUACGAUGAGAAGGUGGACGUCUUCUCAUUCGGCAUUAUAUUGUGCGAGAUAAUCGGGCGAGUAUCAGCGGAUCCGGACUUUUUACCUCGACGCAGCGACUUUGGCCUGAAUGAAGGAUUAUUUGUGGAGAAGUUCUGCAAGCCCAGCGCCUGCCCCGAGCCCUUCUACAGGGUGGCCUUCCUCGCCUGCCAGCUGGACCCUGAUACCAGGCCCCCAUUCGAAGUGAUGGAGAUAUGGCUAGAGAGCCUGGUGCUGCACCUGUCCCCCGGCCCGCCGCCCCCCACGCUGCUGGCGGACAUCGAGCAGUACGCGCGGGGGGCGAGGGGGGCGCGCCGGGGGGCUGCCGGGCCCGGGCACGCCACGCCCGAGGCCUGCCCACACAACGACUGCGGCAUCUUCUGCCCCAAUAGUGACUCCUGCCCCAUUUGCCCCGCCUGCAGGCAUUGCUCCCCCAGCGGCACGCCCACUGGGGAUUUUGCGGAAGGAGUUUUGAAGUCUCAGUCGAACGCGAGCGUAUGUGUGUCGGAGUGCGGUGCGGGCGCGGCGGCGGCGGGGGCGGGGGCGGGGGCGGGGCGCGGGCGCGCGCUCGGCAAGUGCGUGUCCGCGGGUCAGUUGGCGCGCGCCGCCCGCAGCCAGCGGUCGCGCUCGCACCACGCGCUCGCACCGGGAUACAUACUCAGCGCCAGUGGACGACACAUCAAUAUUACGAAGGUGGACGAUAUCAACGAAUGGUUAGAACCACCACAACCUCUCAAACGAACCAGCCCAGACUACCAGCUCAACAAUAUACUAUCAGAGCAUCCAAAGACAAGGAAAGUCGAGGAGUCAGUAGACUCCCUCGAUGGGAACCUCCCGUCUUUUCUCAGAAACCAAUCAGUCGAGGGUCUGGAGUCCAAGUUCAAGCAUGAUGUGGACGCUCCCCUACCCUUCUGCAGACAUUAUAGUAUCCCAGAUAACUGCGAAAAUGCUGACGAUAGCAACAGCGAAUCAUCCGACGACGAUCUCACUGAUAUCAGCGAUUGGUAUCGAAAUAUCCCAUACCAGAAAGUAGAUGACACGAAGAAUAUACUCGCAGGAAUCGUCAAGAAAGGAGAAAGCAUCUUAGCAAAGAAAGCAAGUUAUGACGUCACAGAUGCACCAAGAAAUACAGACUGUCCAAAAUCAAGAGUAGAAGAUGUCAAAAAUAAUGACAAAAACUCCACCAAACAGGAGACAAACGUCCGAAACAUUCCAAAGACUUUAGAUGUACAGAAACCAGUGGAGAAACCCAAUUUCUUCGCAAAGAAACUACUUUCCCCCAAAUUGAGUAGACUGUUUAAGAAUAACAGUGGUGAAGUUGUUAGAAAUAAGAAUAGUGCUAGUGAGGUUAAAGAAGAGAAGUCGAGAAGUAACUUCUUCGUUCAGAAGCCUUCUUCUCCGGGUAUCGUGCGGUCUUCUUACAGAGUGAGACCUGCUGAGGAAGAGAGGAAGAACAGCGUAAAUGAUGUGAUUAAAAGUGAUUUGAAAUUAGCGAGUUUGGGCAAACCGAUGACGCCGAUAUUUCGACGACAUUUGGCUACAGAAAAACCAGAUUUUGUCGACUGUAGGUACAGCUGUAGAGAUCGUAAAAAGAAUAAUAAAAAUGAAGAGAAAUUUGUAGAAAUCGGUAGGAACAGAAUUAAAACACCUGUUAGUACAGACAAGAAUUUAACGCUAAUAAAUGGACAUGUAAAUAAUUUACUAUCAGUACAAGAGAAACAGGUUUCCGAAAAAGUUAAGACGGAAAAAGAAGUACCAAAAAAACGUGAAUUAGGUAUAUCGAGGAGUAAUUACGUAAGUUUGGCGAAUUUAAAGAUAAAUAGUAAACAAGAGUUGGGACAGAUAGCUAAAGAGAAAGCUAAGAACUCUUUGAACGGAAGCCCACCAGUGGAAAAGGUGAUUUAGAUAAAAACUUUGGUCUAUCGAGUACCAUUUGUGCCACAGAUUAAGUACAAAACUUAGGAGAAAUAUUAGAAAAUAAGAAUUUAGAAUAAAUAUUUUUCUAUAUUUGGUUGUGGAACGUAAACGUAUGGACCGAUUAAAAAAUACAGUAUAAAUAUUGCUUUUUUUGUGGACGUAGUCUUUAACUUUGCUAGAAGUGAUAUUUAAGUCAGAUUUGUAUGUUUUGUGUACUUAGUACGUUAAAAAUGGUCCUUCAAGUCGGAUAUCUGUUGGUCGACAGGGCUCGAUGGACCAACAGUUGGUCGGACCGUUGAUGCAUCGUGUUUUUAAACAUUACUUCUACGGUAUAUAUAAAAUGCAAAUUAUUUUAUUCCAUAGCGUUGUAAUUUGUAGUGCUGAAGAAUCAAUUAAAAUGAAACAAAUCGUUACAUACUCAGAGUAACUAACUAAGGCAGUCUUUAGUGACCUUUAACCAGCGUUUACUCACUAAAGAGCCUUAGAUCACGACUCUGAGUACGGUAAGUUUGGUAGUUUCAAAAUGUUAGAUGUUUUCUCUUGCCAUGUUGUAUUUGAUAUACAUUUGUUGAACUGUUAUGUACUUAUAUACUCGUAAGGCUCAAGGCUUACUAACGUAAAUUGAUUCAUGGACACUGUCGCCUUUAAAAGUUUCAAUUUAUUUGUUUAUGAGGAAAGCAUAAAAGAUAGACCUUAUGUAGUCUGUUCCAAAGUUGAAUUUCGUAUGUUCAAGUUCUUUCUAAAGUAUUUACCGUCUCUUUCGUUUUCUUUUAAGAAACGGAGAUAGCAAGCAAGGCAAAGGAAUCUCAUAUUGAGAAAUAAUUACAAUAGCUUUUAAUAAAAGUAUUUUAUACAGUGCCAAAACUAAUUAUAUAGAAAAAUAUACUUUAAUAGCUUUUCAAUACGAUCUAAUUUUGCUUAACAGUGUUCAUGAAUUCAAAUUAUUAGUGCUUAAUUUUGAUCCAUUUUUACAAUAGACUGGUUACUGUUAAAGAAAUUAAGGUAAACGAGCCAAUAGUCGUCAUAUUGAAAGAAGAAUAUUGCACCACUUUUUGGUGAUGUCAUCGACCAUUUUGAGAAAUUUAUUAGUUUAUAAUCUCAUUAGAUAUAUUGUAAACUGUCGCAAAAUUAUAAUCAAAAAAAAAUCAAAAUAUUAAAAAAAUGUUUCUUUUGACAUUAGUAAAAGUGUCAAUUGCUCCUUUAAAGUUUGCUAGCAGUUUAUAAUAUGCCUAGUCCGAUUAUGAACUGUAAAGUUGGCCAUCCCCUCAACAAAACCGCGGCGGUGCCUUUAUUAAAGACUGCGUAGUCACCGAUAGAAACAUCUAGAGCUAGCAGUAGUUAUAAAU